AGAGAAAGCAACACCACCACCAACUCCCCCUCUCUUCGUCCUCCCGCGCCGCGUAUAAAGCAGCUGCCGCGCUGCCCGCCAACUCACUCUCGCCGCGCCACCCGCCAGCUAGCUCCCGACCCCGCGGGUCCGUCCGCUCUCUGGUCUGUUGAACUGGCCAUCGAGAUCCACCCGUCGGCGUCCAUCAUAUCAUGGAUGAAGUGUGGUGCGGCCUCGACCUGCAGCAGCUGCAGGCCGGCGACCCCCUCGCCGGCCUCCACGACCACGACCCCUUCUGGCCGGCUCUGGCGGACUGCACCGCCAGCUUCCUCGCCGCCGACACAGCGUGCUUCGGCGUCGCCGACAUCGACCUCUCCGGCGGCUCCGCCAGCGGAAAGGCGGCGGCGGUGGACGGCAUGGACACGAGCGGCUUCUUCGCGGAGGACGGCCGCCACCACCACCUGAUGCACCAAGAGCAGCAGCCGGUGUACUCGUCCUCGUCGCUCUCCUCCAAGCGCUCCCUCUCCGUCGACAGCGGGGGCUCCUCGUCCACCUUCUUCCAGCUCGACGACGCCUCCCUGGCCGCCGCGACGGCCGCGGGCCUCUUCUCCUCGCCGUCUCACUCGCACCCCGCGGCGGCAGCCGCCCCGCAGGACCCGUUCGCCGCCGGCGAGGACGAGGCGCUCAUGCGCGCCAUGAUGGCCGUCAUCUCCUCGGCAUCGCCCUCCUCCUCCGAGUCCUCGUCGCCGCUGCUGAGCCAGGACUACACCACGGCCGCGCAGCCCGCCGUAGUGCAGCCGCGCAACGCCAGCCACGUGACGGUCAGGAGCAGCAGCCUUGCCGUGGGGCCGGAGAGGACCACGUCGCUGACCAGCGCCGCCGCCGGCGGCCGGCAGCAGGAGGAGGACGCCAAGGCGGCGGCGGCCGGCAGCAACAGCAGCAGCCAGGUCUACCACAUGAUGUCGGAGAGGAAGAGGCGCGAGAAGCUCAACGACAGCUUCCACACUCUGAGGUCCCUCCUCCCACCUUGUUCCAAGAAGGACAAGACGACGGUGCUGGUCAACGCGGCGAGCUUCCUGAAGACGCUGGAGGCGCAGGUCUCGGAGCUGGAGGAGAAGAAUACCAAGCUGGAGAGGUACGUCCCCCGCGAGGGCGCCGGCGCCAGCGCCGCCGCGGCGGCGCACCGGAGAGCCAAGGUCAGUAUCAGCAGGGCGGGGCCGGACGAGCGGCAGGUGAGCCUGAUGGUGAUGGUGAUGGUGGAGUGCGACAUCGUGGACCUGGUGCUGCACGUCCUGGAGUACCUCCGUUGGAUGAGCGGGGUGAGCGUGCUGUCCGUCGACGCCGACACCUACUCGCCGCAGGCGCUGCUCAAGGCCCGCGCCAACAUCAAGCUGCAGAUCAUGGACGGCGACUGCUGGGACGAGGCGCUGUUCCACGAGGCGAUGACGAAGGCCGUGCACGAGGCGACCUCGUCUCCCUCCUCAUCCUCCUGCGCCGCCCCGGCCCCGCUCGUGGCCGCGGCCUAGGCAGGAGCGCAGGGCGAGCAAGCCGCCGCCUCGGUUCUUCCGCCACGGGUUGGCUGUGAAGCGACCAGUUCAGCCAUCGCCAUGAGCGCGUGAUGGUCCCUCCGAUCAUCGCCAGUCAUCGUUGGACUUUGAAGGGGUAAAACUAAACGUAGCGGCGCCGGUGACGGACGAUGAUCGAGUUCGCAUGCGGUUCUCCUGUGUUGCCCUAGCGCGAUCAGAGAGGUUGCAGAUGAUGAUAGCAUUAUGAGGUUUUAGGUUGUGUGAUGCAUAGCUAGUGAUCGGUAUUCAGUAUAGCAUGUUGGCAUUUGGAACCAAGUUAGUGGAGGGAUUUUGUACAUAGGAAACGAAGCUCCCAUGAGCAGUUCAUAAAUGAAGAAAUGUGCACACACGGAAGGAAUCCAGUUCAGCGGUUCUCAAA